AUGCUGAUCACUCUCUGCUACCUCUACCUAUGGGCGCGCUGGGGGCCCUGCUCGGCUGCGCUCAUCCGCCGCACUGUGCGCCGCCUCCACCGCUCCCCCUGCUCCUUCACCUUCUCCUGCUGCGCCGCCGGCCCCCCGGCGCCUCCUGCUCGGCAGCUGCACAGGCAGGUGCCGCCCGAGGAGAGAGUCUGCCUCGGAAUAGGGAACAAAGUCUUUUUCACGGACGAGACGCAGUUCCUUGAUGACUUAAACAGAUGGAGUCUGCUUCUCAUUUCUCCUUUUAUUUAUCCUGAUAAAUUACUUAAACCAGAACAUAUAGCUUUUGUGACAGAAAGUGUUUCAGCUCAGACAGAUAAUUUACAGAAAGUGCCUGGCUCUUCAAAAGAGAUUGUGAGGUGGUCAGACUAUUGUUCACCAUUUGCCUAUAAACCUGGUGAGCCUUACAAGUUAAUUGCUGAAGCAAGUGUAGAUAAUUUCAGUAACCUUGGAAUAGCAUUCAUGGAAGACAGGCUCCAAAUGGAUAACGGAAUGGUGCCACAGAAAAUUGUUUCUGUCCAUUUACAAGAAUCUGCUCUGAAGGAGUUGGCACAGGUGACACCCUCUGUAAAAGAGCAAAGUUUAAGCAGUACACAAAUGGAUGAAGUAACUCCAACUGCGGCUUCUGGGACUAUGGCUAAAUUGGGAUUAGGAGUGUCUGAGUCUUCAGGACAAGGUGAAGAGGAGAAAUCCGAGCUAGAGAAAGAAAGUGAACAUGAAGAUAAAUCCAACGGUCUAUCUGACAAAGAGACAGGGGCUGGAGAACAUCAUCUCUUGCAUGUUUUCAGCUGUCAUGAAUGCCUGCAGCUUGAAAACAGUACUAUUGAAGCAGUCAAAUUUGCUUCUGCAGAAAACAUUCCAGAACUUUCUGAUGAUUUCAAUAGGAAAUUAGAAGAGAAGAAUGAUGACCGUCUAGCAAGAGAAGUAAAAAGAGUAAACCUUGCUGGAAAGCCCCCUAAUGUAUUGAUUUAUCUUGGCUCUGAAACUGCAAAAGUGAAAUUCGAGCAGGUCAAAUCAGUCCUUCAGGAAUGCAUUGAUGCAGACAGCUAUACCAUCUACCAGCUGCAUGAGGAACAAGUUCUGAAAGCUCCAUGGACUGACAAUUCACUGCUGUUGGUCAUUGCCACAGAGAAGCCUAUUUCUGAGGAGAGCCGCAAACAAUUUAUUAAGUUUUUAUCUAAAGGAGGAAAGAUUCUAGGGUUUUCUUCAUCUUUUACAUUGGAUGGCAUAGAAAUAAAGAGAAAAAACAAACUGAGGAAGACAGUUCAUGAACUAGUGGUCUCUAAACCAGACAGCACUGAAAUUAAGUUAAAUCUUUUGGUCAGUGGCUGUAUUUUUGAGGAAGUCAUGAAGGAAGAUUCCAGCAAAAUGAAGACCUUGAGUCGAUUAAAUAAUGCUGAUAAAGACAGAGUUAUUGUUCAUCUAACUUACGGAGACAGUGGAGGAGAAGCCAUUCUUUCUCAGGCACACUUGGAAAUGGAUAUUAAUUCUAAGGACAUCCAAACCGAAGAGGAUUUUAAUUUGCUUAAGCUAAGCAAUAGCAAGAGAUACGAAGUUCUGAAGGAGAUCCUGGUAUCACUUGGCCUGAGUUGUGAAUUAAGCAAAAUUCCUCCAUUAACACCUAUUUACCUUCUGUCUUCUGAUGAGGAAAUCCAUCUUGCUUUUCUGAAAUGGCUUGAGGGAAAUGUAGAUGCUGAAGGAUUAAGAACAUCCAGCAAGGUGUCUCUUAAAUUUGUUUCAUCCUGUGAAUCCAAAAUGGUGGUAACUCCAUCUCUCAUGCCAGUCAUCACUGAGAUGGGAAGCUUCUCAUCAGAACAUUUCAGCCUAAAGACAUAUCAAGAGAAUCUUCAAACAAAGAAACUUGGAAAGAUUCUUCUUUUUACUGAAGUUACCACAACAACAAUGAAUCUUCUAGAUGGGUUAAUGUUUGAGUUGCCUGGGGAGAUGGGUUUAAUAGCAAUUGCUGUUCGACAAACACAAGGGAAAGGUCGUGGUGGAAACGCUUGGCUCAGUCCUGUGGGCUGUGCACUAUCCACUUUACAUAUCACCAUUCCUCUACAUUCCAACCUGGGCCAGAGAAUUCCUUUUAUUCAGCACCUGGUGUCCUUGGCAGUGGUAGAGUCAGUUAGAUCAAUACCAGGAUAUGAGGAUAUUGAUCUACGAGUGAAAUGGCCAAAUGAUAUUUACUAUAGUGACCUUAUGAAGCUUGGUGGAGUUCUGGUAAACUCUACACUCCUUGAAACAACAUUUCACAUACUUAUUGGCUUUGGAUUUAAUGUGAAUAACAGCAAUCCUACCAUAUGCAUCAAUGAUCUCAUCACUAAAUUUAAUAAGGAAGAGGGGACAAAGCUGAAGCCUUUAACUGCUGACUGUCUUAUUGCAAGAACUGUAACUCUGCUAGAGAGGUUUAUAGAUAUUUUUCAGGAGAAAGGGCCCAAUGGAGUUCUUCCCCGUUACUACAAGUACUGGGUACAUAGUGGUAAGCAAGUCCGUCUCCACAGUGAGGAGGGCCCAAUUGCAUGGAUAGUUGGAAUAGAUGACUAUGGCUUCCUUCAAGUUCACGAAGAAGGCAAGGGUGUGGAGUCCGUGCACCCAGAUGGCAACUCUUUUGACAUGCUGAGAAACCUCAUAGUCCCAAAGCAUUGACAGUCCUCAGAGCUCACAAUGCAAAAGGAGGCUCUUUAGUAUUGGCAGUAAGCAGAUAAACUUGCUUGAAGGUGGGAAGGGCAGCUUUAUUACUUUUAUUAUUGUUAUUUUUAAUGUUUUUUACAUUCUGAUUUUCUGGCAUCUUUGCUCUCUGACACAGAUAACUGUGAUAGUUAAGAGGUGAUUAUCUCACUGCUGAAGGCCUUUAUUCUUUUAGUAACUUUAAAACACAUCUAUAUUGCUGUUCUUUUUAAGAACAGCAAAAUCCUCUAAGAGAAGCCUGAAUGCAAAGGAAUAUUUUGCAAUGAACAGAACUUUCUUUUUGCUUGUGCACUGUAUUUGAUAAACUGAAGCGAGUAAAUAUUUCCUUUUAGUGUCUCUGUGUUUUUACUUUAGCACAAUGCAGUCAAAUACUGACAGUUUUACUGUGUUUUUUUAAAUUAACUUCUGGUUGUUGUGUUGCCUGCAGUGGAAACAACCAGAAGAGCUCAUUUUAUAUUUCUUUACUGGGAUUACCAUCAUGUUACAAUUCAGGCUUAGGCAUAGAGCCUUGCUGAUUUGGUUCUUUUCUGUGACAGCCUUUACAGGAGUUUACUGUCCUGCACUAUGGUAUCCAUUCUAUAACUUUUCCAUGUCUGUCUGAACUUUCUGAAGAGUUUUUUGCCAACGUAUAAGAACUAUGUUUGGUUAUCCAAAUUAUUUGUACUCUGCUCUUCUUAGUUGGAUCUGAGUAAACCAUCUUGUAUAUCCUUGGAAUCAUAGCUUCAGCCCCUUUAAACAUGGUCCAUUGGAGUAGUGUGUCACCUCAUUGCAAUCUUCUCAUCUGAGUUAUUGUAGAAUCCCAUUUCAGGAGAGGGAAGUCCUAAUUGGUUUAGAAUUUAAUAGUAAUUCUUCUGUAAUAGCAAUGAAGGUUAAGUGAGUAAAUAAGAGAAAGUGUUCAGGUCAGAUCUUAAAAUCCCUGCUGUGAACAACUACAGCAAAAAGGAGAAAACAUGCAGUUAACCUGUGUCUUAAUUCUUUUCCAUUGUUGUUGUCUUCAUCUUCUUUCCCAAAGCAGGGCGUCUGGUUCUGGUGCUAAGCAUAAAAAGCAAGAAGUUUAACACCUGCUGAUCUUGCUUUGGGGGCUGACGUCAGAGUUCAAGGUUAGGUGUAACGACUUGGCUAUAAUUGGAAAGCAUGGUGAAGCAAGCAUGUGGGAGCUUCCAUGCAGUGGCACCUUGUCAGGUUUUACUCCUGGGCAAGGCAAAUUUGCGCCAGGAGACUUGGCCACCACAGCUCUUCAAACAGUUCUCUGCAAAUGAAAAGUCUGUCAUAGGUGUGAUGUGGCCAGAUUCAUUUCCUCUAGUAGGCAGCACUUCUUAUUACGUUACCUUGUCCCUACUGAAGGUGGAUCAGCCAGAUUGGUUUCCACAAAGGACUUCUGUCUACCGGCCAGAAAUGGUGGGUUUAAGUUAAAGUUCACCUCAUAAACAAUCCAAGCAUGCUGGUAGAUUGUUUCAGUUACAAAGCCAAGAAAUCUUAAAACAAGGAAACUAGUCUGUAAUGGUAAUUUAGAGUAAUCCUCACAUAUUAGGGUUUAGGUGGUUUGGCAGCAAGUGCUUGAAAUUAAGUUGUCCCUAAUACAUUUAGGAUUUUAUGCUCCGUAUCACAGGAGAUUUGUCUGUGUGCCUGGUUGUCCAUACCCUGCUGUUUUGUUUUCCCCUGUGACCCCCAUCAUAUGAGACUCCACACCAAUAUUUCAUAGACCUGUGCAGCAGAGUGUAGACAGCUGUUAAUUGGCAUAGUUAAAAUGAUACACAUGAACACCAGCUUUUGGGUUUUCCCAACAGAUGGUUUUGAAAAUGGCUUUGGACUGUUAAUUUUUGGCAGCUGCCUUUAUUUCAGAAUCAAAUAUUGAUGCAUAUUACAAUCACAUUAAACUUGUCUGAGUUAAUAAAGUUUAAAUAAAAAGAAGAAAAUGUUCAUAUAUAUGUGUAUAUAUAUGUAUAUAUGAAAACUGUGUAUGUGUGCAUGUAUAUGCACACAACUUCUUUAGGCAUCUUCACUUUUUCUACCUUUUCCUCCAAGCAGCAACAUGUGCUGCUGCAUGCCAGCUUUGGACAGGGUAGCUCUGGUACUGUUUGUUCAGUCACAGAGUUUUAAAAGAUUUUAGAUAUGUGCCUUAAUCCAGUAUUUGUAGCUAAAACAAUGUCUCUGUUUUGGUGCUGUAGGGUGUGCCAGUGGGAAGCACAUUUAAUUUUGCUCGUAUUCCAGAUAGAGUUAUGAAGACCUGGAGAGGUUUCCUUUAGUGACCCGUCAUAUGUCAGGUUUUGAUUUGAAUUACUUCUUUAAAGCUCACUCUCCCUUCACCAGGGACAAGUACUGUAGAAGAGUGACGGGUGAAGGGCAAAAUCUCCCCUGAGCUACACUGCUAUAGGGCCUGAGCAGCAGGCAGAUGGAUUUUUUAAUAGUCAAUUCUCCAAUAUUUCCCAUUUUCUAUUGUUCCUUUUAGAUUUCUUCAUGGCCUUCUUAAUGAAAAGCUUGUUCUGCUCUCACUUUGAGUUGUGAGAUUAUCCUAAAAAGUGCUGCAUUGGACAGAAACUUAGCGUUGCAUUUCCUUCCUGCAAAUGGGAGCUAACCAAGUGCGGGCGUGUUGGAGCUGGUGGUGCUCUGGUAAUGUACCACUUUGCCUCUGCUCUUCAGUGGCCUAUUCUAUGUGUGUAAAUCUACCAGUUGUCUCAAGGGAACAGCCUUGAGUUGGAUGAAGCAAUUUCUUAGAAAUUUGACCUUUCCUUCAGAAGAAUCAAAGAACAUCACAAAGAAAAUUCUCAUUAUGCAGACAGCAGCUGCAUGAAGUCCUUCUGACUAGCAGCUAUGAAGGACAUGAGAGCCAAGGAACUUCCCUGGGCCACACUCACCUUAACAGAGAUGAGCAGCACAGCUAGUAGGUCUUGCUCAUUCUGUGCCAAACUUGGCACAGUCAGAAAACCCCAACAUCUUUGUUUGGAAUUCAUUGUUGUUAUUGUUCUUUAUGUAGGACAGAGAGGUGUGGUGUAGAAUGUCUCUGGACAUAGGUAUGGAGUGAAUCAGACAACUCCAGAUCCAGAAGUAAUGCACUGAAGAUGUUUCAUUUCACUCAACCAUCUAGAUUAGUAAAACACCUCUUUCAUUGUGAGGCUGAUGUCAUAUCUUAAACUAUUCUCUUGAUGAAGUGCUUUCAGAAAACACUUAUUACAGUGUCCAUAUUUCUGUGACUUCAUUUUUCUCCUCCCAGACUCUGUUAUAACAUUUCUCAUUACACAUUGUGAAAAUAUUUGUAGGGAUUGUUUAUUGAUCGGAAAACUUCUGCUGAGCAGGCUGAGUGUGUUGGCAUGUGUCCGUGUUCUGAAGGAGUAAGUGGGUUGUGUCCAGUCAGCAACAAUGCUGCUUCCAAAGAUUUGAAAAAGUAAUAAAGUACUUAACAUUUAAGAGUUCAAGCAGUACGCCUCGCUUCUAGUAAAAGGUUUUAUAAGACUUCUGAGCUUUUUUUUUUAGUUAAAUCUAGCCAAGGAAUAAAUGUACUUCAAGGGCUAUUACCUAGAAAUGAUGUUAAAGCAUUUUAAUUCUUUAUGGUCCUGCUUCAUUGUGCAACUUUUUUUUUUUCCUUUUCUUUGCUUUAUACAAUUCAGCUACAAGACAUUGUCAGUCUAAACAAUUACUCUCUGCAACUACUCUGUAACAUACAGUGUGUAUAUAUAUAUCUAUAUAAAAAUUAAGUGCAGCAUAAUAUCUGUCCUGAAAAAGAUUUGUGCUGCAAAGAGCUGAUUCCCAGGGGUGAGUGGUUUGAUAAAACAAUUUGCAUGCACAAGUUACUGCAGAGAAACGCAGCGCUGAUCAGACACCAAAGAAAUUAAGUCUGGACUGAGGAAAGAACAGAGGUCAAAAAAUGAUGGUGUGUGGCAGGCUGCGGUCAUGUAGCACACAACUGAGAGGAAAGAAGUGCAGGGAAGAAUUGUAAAGAGCUGUCAUGCUUCAGUAUCUUGCAUUAGUGUCUUUCAUUAGUGAUGCUGGGUUAUUUUCGGCUCUUCAAGAGUCAUGCUUUGACUAAAAUACAGUGACAAAGUCCUUGUGUUUUAUAGUACCUUAACUGGCAAAUGUAGCACAGAAUACAACUGAAAUACGUUUUCAGCCGUACCACUUUCUGAAGCAUUCUGUUUUGUAGUGAAAAAAAAGAACUCCUUCUUGCUUUUUCCUUUGGCUACAGGGUUUUAUUAACAUUUUAGCAGUUUUGUUUUACAUAAUAAAUAAGCAAAAAUGCUUUACAUUUUUAGGGAAUACAUAUAUAAUUCUGAGCAUGAAUAGGUUGGUUGUUUGGCGUGCUUUUCCAUCUACAGUUGUCAAAUAGCUUUUAUCUGCAUCAUAGUAAAAAAACAAACAAACAAAUAAAGCCUAAUGGUCAGGGGGAAAAAAAUGGAAUAAUAAUUUCUCUGUGUUUUUUUUUGGAAGUAUGAGUCAAAUGUUGCCAAUAAAACUUGGUGUCUUGUUUUGUGAUUUUUAGGAAAA